GCAACCAGGUGAUAAAGAACGCUGCCGUACGAGACAAGCUGAGCGCGGAGCUGGGCGGGGUGCUGUGCUUCGAUGGAGGCGGCGGGGCUGAUGAACAGCUUCCCGUGUCUGGUGGUGCGCGGGGUGUGCGACUACGCCGACUUGCACAAGAACAAGCGGUGGCAGGCGUAUGCGGCAGGGACGGCAGCAGCGUACGCGAAGGAGGUGCUGUCGGUGAUACCAUCAGCGGAUGUGGCGAAGUUACGCACAGCAGAGGAGUCGAUGAGAGAUGUCCUGUCCGGUUAGUCUGAAGACAUUCUAGACUUGCCGAAUUGACUAAAGGUUACAGUCAUGAUGAAUGUCCAUCAAAUUGCAGAAGACCACAGAAACAUUUCAAAGUAUGGACUGGAUAUCUCCCAGAGGUCACUUGAGUACCAACAAAAAGCACACGAGCGGAGCUUGUCCAAGGAACAAGCAAAGUGUCUUCAGCUGUUUCGUCUUACCAGGAGCACUGGGGAUGCUACAUACGAGGAUCUCAAAGACCGCAUAGCGGGCAGAGUGGAAGGCACAUGCAUGUGGUUUCUCGAUCACGCUCAUUUCCAAGAAUGGAAGGAGAAGGAGUCAGGGCCGCUUCUUGUGUCAGCAGACCCUGGAUGUGGAAAAUCCGUGCUGGCCAAGUAUCUGAUUGACCACCAUUUAGCAAGGUCAUCGACGGUUUGCUAUUACUUCUUCAAAGACCAGGUCCAGAACACAGUACGUGAGGCGCUCUGUGCUCUACUGCACCAACUUUUCUCUCAAAAGCCGGAUCUUCUUCAGCAUGCACUCAAACAAUUCGACAAGGACGGCGAUGGUCUGGUGAGUUUGAACAGCUCGCUCUGGACCAUCUUCACAGAAGCCGUGCAAGAUCCACAUGCUGGCUCUAUCACCAUCGUUUUGGACGCACUGGAUGAAUGCGCUGAAGUGGAAGAUCUAGUGCAAAGUCUCAGGGCCCAAGCCCGGAAAUGCGGAUCCACCGGUGCCAAAGUCAAGUUUCUGCUUACGAGCCGCCCAUACGAACAUAUCAUAUCCGGACUUCGCUGUCUGUCUGAAGCCUUUCCACGCAUUCAUAUACCUGGAGAAGACGAGUCAGAAAAGAUCAGUCAAGAGGUGAAUCGUGUGAUAAGUCAUCUUGUAGAACAAUUCUCGAAAGAUAACAAACUCUCAGAAGAAAUCAAGAUGUGCCUUGAAGACCAGUUGCUUAAGAUAGAACACUGCACAUAUUUGUGGGUGCACCUUGUCUUCGACGACACUCUGAAGAGAAUGGAUUUCAGGAGAACUCUGAAAGAAGUGGCAUCUGCAGGUGUUGUUGUUCUACGCGAUUCGGGCCUAACGAUUCGGGCCACAAACCCUAACCCUGAACCCUAA